GAGAACAACAGAUGAAUCAGAACUUUGUCCUCCCUAGAAAAACAAAAUAGAUCUUCAAACUUACAUAGUCCCGUGUCUGCAGAUUAGAGAUUGGUGUCUCUAAAUUGCCCCUAGGGCUGAGUGUGUAUGUGUGUGUGUGAGAGAGAGCGAGAGAGAUGGACUGGUGCCCCAUCCAAGAUGUGUUCCUGCCCAGCGUUCCUGGGAUAGGCUCUGGGUUCCACUGCACCCUGACUAGGAUAAAGCUCCUAUUGAAGAAACCAGAAUGAAUAAAUGAAUUUAAAUAGUUUAGUGGAAUAUCACAUUUGCACAGUUAUCACUCAGCCUGUCGGCACAGUGGCGCAGCAGGUAGUGUUGCUGUCUCACAGCUCCAGUGUAACCAGUUUGAUCCUGAUCUCAGGUUACUGUCUGUGUAGAGUUUUUUUAUGUUCUCUGCAUGUCCAUGUGGGUUUCCUCCAGGUUCUCUGGUUUUCUCCCAUGUCCUGAAAACAUGCAGGUAGGUGGAUUGGUAUGUGUGUGUGUGUGUGUGUGUGUGUGUGGUGGUCUGCUUUGGACUGCCAUCUGAUAUAAGGGUGUAUUCCGGCCUUGUGUUCAGUGUUCCUGGGAUAGGCUUCAGAUCCAUCACCACCCUGACCAGAAGACGCAGAAUGAAUGAAGCACUUAGCCCGUAUAUAGUCCAUCAGCCAAGGCAGGUUUUGUGUUCAAUAUCUGGGGUUGUUCGGAAACUGGGUGAAUUUGAUUUUCCCCUGAACAUUCAUUUAAACUUCCCAAAUAAAUCAAUUAUCCAGGUCGCAUUUCAAGCUUGAGACAAAUGUAUUAAAUGAAGUGAUCAACUAUUAAAUCCACCAAAGGAUUUUAUUUAUUCAAAUGUAAUUUAAAGUAGGGGUUCUCAAAAGUUACAGGUUUUAACUGUAAAACAAAUUCCUCAGACCUGUUCAGCACAGUCUGAUGAACUCAAUCCAACUCUAAAUAUCAGGCUCAUUAAUCAUAUGUGUACAGUAAUAUGCUGGUUGUUUAUCAGAGCACUUUUAUAUUCCUGAACUUUCCAACACUGAACACAGUAGGCCCAAGCUGACACAUUAUUAUUAUUAUUAUUAUUAUUAUUAAUAGUAUACCCCUGAUGUUUGGAUUCGAUUCAAGUGACCAGUCAGACAGGUUAAUGACUAUAAGAACUCAGUGAUAAACUGUGGUAAUGGUGUGGUUUAUGAAAUGAGCUGAAAAGUGCAGGGUGAACAGUUUGAGGUUCUGUACUCUGUUUCUCUCAGUAACGGUUAAUGGAAUCCUGGGUAUGAAAAUUCCCGCCAGAUGCGCGCGCGCGCGCGUUCUAAGAAUAUUUCAUUUGUUUCUCGAGCACGCGAGUGGAAUGGUGUUUGAUGGCGCGUGUUAAAAAAUUUAAAACUCUGUGGCGCCCAGGAUUCUGAGCGCGAGCUAAAACACGAGCUAGAACAAUAGCGCGCACGAGACUGCAAAACUGCGUUUCAGAGAGAGAGAGAGAGAGAGAGAGAGAGAGAGAGAGAGAGACGGGGUGGAGAGAGAAACAGACAGACGGGGGGGGAGAGAGAGAGAGAGGGAGGGAGGAGGGAGGAGGAGGUUCGUGCGGCAUUAGCGCCUCAGUGCUCGGCUUGUUAGCCUACACUAAGAAGAGAAGUGGACGAGGUCGGUUUGAAGAAUGGCUCAGGACGUGUUUCAAUCCCACGGUUUCACUCAUUAACGUGUCUUUGUUUCUCAGCGUUAGACGAUUUGUUUCAGGAAGAGCAAGGAAGGCAGAUCACUCCGUUGUCCCUUCGACUUUCAGUGUAAUCUGAUUUCUUGGAUUUGGAGAAAACCAGUAAAAAGUUAUGUUCUGCUAAUGACACGCUAGCAGACAAAACAUUCACGACCAGAUUACACAGAACUCCAGAUAUUUUUUUGAAGAUCAAGGUGGCGAGAAUGGGCCGUAAGAAGAUCCAGAUUACCCGCAUCGUUGAUGAGCGAAACAGACAGAUUCAAGGCAACAGAAACAGCAGGAGACACAACCUUCCAAGAUAUAGACUAUAUGGCCAGAAGUUUGUGGACACCUGACCAUCACACCUGUAUGUGGUUCUUCCCCAAACUGUUGCCACAAAGUUGAAAGCACAUAGUUGUAUAGGAUGUCUUUGUAUAUACUGUAGCAUUACAAUUUCCCUUCACUGGAACUAAGAGGCCCAAACCUGUUGCAGCAUGACAAUGUCCCUGUGCAAAAAGUGAGUUCCAUGAAGACAUGGUUUGUCAAGGUUGGAGUGGAAGAGCUCGAGUGAUCUGCACAGAGUCCUGACCUCAACUCUGCUGAACACUUUUUUGAUGAACUGGAACGCCGACUGCACCAGGCCUCCUCACCCAGCAUCAGUGCCUGACCACCCUAAUGCUCUUGUAGCUGAAUGAGCACAAAUCCCCACAGCCACACUCCAAAAACUAGUAGAAAGCCUUCCCAGAAGAGUGGAGGUUAUUAUAACAGUAAAGGGGGACUAAAUCUGUAAUGAGAUGUUCAAAAAGCACAUACAGGUGUGAUGGUCAGGUGUCCACAAUCUUUAGGCCAUAUAGUGUAACUAUAACAACAAUUGUAUAGUGAGAGCCUAUUGAUAUUAUGUUGAUACGAUGUUAGGGAGGCAUUAUAAUAAAAUAAUGAUGCAGACAUAUUGUAAGGAUGUAAAAUCUAUACAAAGCCUCUGUUUUUUAAAGAGUAGGUUAGUAGUAUAAUCUUGGAAUUAUACACGUGAUUAUAAAAGCACAGUAUGCAGAUGUCUAUAUAAGUAUAUAAUGUUGAGUGCAAAAGUAAGUUUGCAUACAUAUAGGACAAAAUAGAGAAGACAAAAAUUUGAUAUAAAAUAUUAAUCAGUUAUAUUAAUCAGACAUCAGUUCAGAAAUUUGCAUCUCUCCUGUAUGGGAUAUAACUUUAAUAACUUGUAUGCUGAUUUUUGCCUUUAUAACUGCCUCUUAUAAUAGUAUCUUGCUUUUUGAGAAUUUGUCUAUUUACAGAACACCCCCACAUUUUAUUUUUCAUUUCAUUUUUCAUUUCAUUUUAAUGUUUUGGAAUUCUAUUUUUGUGGAUAAAUUGAAAAAUAGAGAACUAUUUUCCUUUUUUUCACGAAAAAAAAAAAAUCACAGAGGAUCCCCUCAACUGUAAACAUGGCUAUAUGAAUGUAUACACGUGCCAGUAAGCGCAGGGAACUAAUGCUUAGAGUAUACAGUCUACACUACUGUUAUGCAGUUUGCUAAUCAAAAGCAAAGAACUAGUUGUUUUACUUUGUUUUGCCUGCAAAUCAUGACUGAUCAUUUACUAAUUUAAAAAUUUAAAUAAAAUUUAUAACCCUGCAUUCCAGCUCUCUUAAUAUAUAAAGUUUGAUUUACACUUCUAAGAUGCAUUGGGAAUACUUAAUAAGGAAUCUAAUCUGUAUACCACUGUGUCCUGAUAUGUUAGACUCUUGCUUACUAACCCCUCUUUUUCCCCUGGCUGGUUGAAGAGUGUAAGAGGCAGACUGACUCUGUGGCACUGGGAGGAGUCUCACCCACACACACUGCACCUCUUGUCCCGGGUCUCACUGGACCUGCUGUCCCUGUGCUGUGGUUGGAGUAAUUAGAGGAACGAACGGCUCCAUAUCUCUCAUUAGCCGUCACAGUCAGUCUGAGGAGGCAUAUAGCGUCUCUCUCUCUCUCUCUCUCUCUCUCUCUCUGUCUCUCUCUCUCUCUCUCUCACUCUAACCCCUGAUGGCCAUCACUCAAAAUGAAGCCGCAGAGCCGAGCUGGAAUUCACCCAAGCUGCCUUGUGCUCUAAAUAUAAACCCUCACACCAGCACAACAAACCCUAUCUUGUCUGGAAGAGCCUGAGUUUGGUUUAUUAUGUGCUUGAUAUACACUGCGCCCUUUUUAGACACGAAGCACCUCCCAGACCAGGCAUUUAACUCUCACUCACUCAACCACUCACUCAUUCAUUCAGUCACCCACUUACCCACUCAAUCACUCACUCACCCACUCCCUCAAACACUCACUCAUUCACUCAGUCACUCACUUACCCACUCAAUCGCUCUCACCCACUCCCUCAACCACUCAAUCACUCACCCACUCCCUCAACCACUCAAUCACUCACCCACUCCCUCAACCAUUCACUCACUCAACCACUCACUCAUUCACUCAAUCACUCACUUACCCACUCAAUCGCUCAUGCACCCACUCCCCCAACAACUCACUCCUUCAAUCACUCACUUACUCAAUCACCCACUCCCUCAAACACUCACUCCCUCAACCACUCACUCAACCACUCACUCAACCACUCACUCAAUCACUCACUUACUCAAUCACCCACUCCCUCAAACACUCACUCAACCACUCACUCAAUCACUCACUCAACCACUCACUCAAUCAAUCACUCAACCACUCCCUUACCCACCCAAUCACACACUCACUCACUCAAUCACUCACUUACUCAAUCACCCACUCCCUCAAACACUCACUCCCUCAACCACUCACUCAAUCAAUCACUCAACCACUCACUCACUCAACCACUCCCUUACCCACCCAAUCACACACUCACUCAAUCACUCACUUACUCAAUCACCCACUCCCUCAAACACUCACUCCCUCAACCACUCACUCAAUCAAUCACUCAACCACUCACUCACUCAACCACUCCCUUACCCACCCAAUCACACACUCACUCACUCAACCACUCACUCACUCAACCACUCCCUUACCCACCCAAUCACCCACUCCCUCAACCACUCACUCAAUCAAUCACUCAACCACUCACUCACUCAACCACUCCCUUACCCACCCAAUCACACACUCACUCACUCAACCACUCACUCACUCAACCACUCCCUUACCCACCCAAUCACCCACUCCCUCAAACACUCACUCCCUCAAACACUCACUCCCUCAACCACUCACUCAAUCACUCACUCAAUCAAUCACUCAACUACUCACUCAUUCAACCACUCAUUCAAUCACUCACUUACUCACUGAAACACUCACUCAUCCACUUACUCACUCAGUCAGUCAAACACUCACUCACUCUCUCUCAUUCACUCACCCAAGCACUCAUUGACUCACUUACAUGCUCACUCACUCACCCACUCACACACUCACCCACUCAUCUGCUUACUCACCCAUGCACUCACUCACUCAGUCACCCAUACACUUAUUCACUUACCUGUUCACUCACCCCCUCACUCACCUGCUCACCCACUCACUCAGUCAAUCACUCACCCACUCCUCUCACUGACUGACUCAUGCUGACUCAAGAUUUUCCAUAAGGUGGCGCUUUUACAUAGUAUCUUGUAAUUUUUACUGAGUAACCUAAUUCACUUUUGAGUAUAAGACAUUUUCUUUUUCCGAAUGACGCCAAGGAUUUACUGCGCUCAUUAACCAAAUGCCUACAGCCAGAAGAGUAUCUCACAUUAUAGAUGGCUCGAAGAAGAGACAUGUCAUUUCUGUGUCCAAAGGCUGUUCAUUUUACAUAAAAUUAAUCAUAUUCAUGAAUAUUAUAUGAUUUCAUUCCACUCUCACUUCUCUGUUGUCUCAUAAAGGCUUUUACACAAAGGAAAAAAAGACAAAAUAAGAGAAAAUCUUUGAAGUGCACAAUU